AUGAGCGUUGGUGAGCGCCUGACCAUGAUCCUCAAGCUCCUCACCAUCUUCCCCGCGAGCCUGGCCCUCAACAUCCUGCGCAUGCUGGUGCUGUCCGUGACGCACGGCAUGAAGCUGCGCUCCGCGUUCCUGGCCGCCGUCGUGCGCACCACCUUUGGCAUCCUGACGGGCAAGGAGAUUCAGAAGCUGCAGCCGACGACGCGCCAAGAGUAUGGCAAGUUUAUCAAAUACGCGGCCAAGCGCUGGAACGCGCCCAACUUCAAGAGCCGCGUCGUCUACGACGUGCAGGAGCUCGACAAGGAUGUCGACGACUCGGCCAUCCUAUGGCUCGGCGACCGCAAAAAGGCCAGAAAGGUGGUCCUCUUCCUGCACGGCGGCGGCUACGUGCUGCCGGCCUCUGACGGUCACUUCUUGUGGGCCUGGAACACCUACGUCAUGUCGGGCGUCGAGGCCGGUGUCGAGACAGCCGUCGCCUUCUUGCAGUACACGCUCGCCCCGCGCGGUGUGCUGCCCAUUCCCCUGCGGCAAAGCGUCGCCGCGUACGAGGAGGUGCGCGCGCAGGGUUUCUUGCCGCGUGACAUUAUCGUCGGCGGCGACUCGGCCGGCGGUAACCUGACGAUGCAGUUCCUCGGGCACGCCCUGCAUGCACAGCCGUCGGUUCCUGAGAUCAAGCUGUCGGAACCCUUUUCCGCCGCCUUUCUCGUCUCGGCCUGGCUCGGCCUGAGCGACGACACCGAGUCCUUCCGCAUCUUUGGCAACAACGACAUGGUCAGCUCGGCCAUUGUCCAGAAGCUGAGCGUCGAGUCGGUCGAGCCGCACAAGCGCGCCACCGUCAAGUCGCUGUCGGACCCCUGGUCGCGCCCGCUCGAGGCCGACUUUGGCUGGUUCCAGGAUUUUGACACGGUGGUGUCCAAACUUUAUGUGACGUACGGCGGCCGAGAAGUCCUGCGCGACCACAGCCUGGCCAUGAUUGAGACCAUCAAGCGCGAGGCCCCUGGCGUCGACCUUCUUACGUACGAGGCCCCCAAGGAGCUUCACGACGGUGUUCUGGUUGAGCAUCUUUUCAAGAAUCCCAGCGUCAACGCCAAGAAGAUGAAGACCUGGUUCAAGGGUGUCAUUAUCCAAUGA